AUGAGGAGCCACCCGGCACUGGCCGCGCUGCUCGUCUUGGCGCUGCCGUUCGCCCUCGCCCGCCGCCCCCCCGCCCCCCCGGACCCCGCGCCCCCUGCACAGGCAAUGACCGUCCCGGAGCCGCUGCCCCGCAGAGCCCGCGACAGCACCGGGGCCGCCUACGCCGCCCUCCUGCAACUGCUGGAGGAGGAGGAGGCCGGUGGCCCCGCGCCCGCCGCUCCUCAGAAGCGGGACAUGCACGACUUCUUCGUGGGGCUCAUGGGGAAGCGGGCGGAGGGGCGGGGGAGCGGCGGACCGAACCCCCGGUGCUCCCCGGGACCCCCCGCUGCCCCGCUGCGGGCGGCCUGAGCGGCGGGGGGAAUGGACGGGGCGCGAUCCCCGGCGCCGGGGGCGGCGCUGCGGCGACGGAACCGACUGCGAGGGUGUCCUGGCCGCGCCGCCACCCACGGACCGCGGAGCCGUCGCGGGACCCGCUGGGGCCGGAGCUGAAGGGGCCCUGCACCGACCCCCCUUGUGCACCCCCGGUCUCGCGUGCGCACACCUGUACACGUGUACCUGCACCGACCUCUAUACGUACCGCUAUACACACGCCCGUGCCCGUGCGGGACAC